GUGACGGGGCUGCUCUCGGCCGGCACGGACCACAAGGACGCGUGGGUGCGGGACAACGUGUACAGCGUCCUGGCCGUGUGGGGGCUGGGCAUGGCCUACCGGAAGAACGCGGACCGGGAUGAGGACAAGGCCAAAGCCUAUGAGCUUGAGCAGAACGUCGUGAAGCUGAUGCGGGGACUCCUGCAGUGCAUGAUGAGACAGGUGGAUAAGGUAGAGAAGUUCAAAUGCACACAGAGUACGAAGGACUGCCUACAUGCCAAGUAUAACUCUGCAACUUGUGCCACAGUAGUUGGGGAUGACCAGUGGGGACAUCUACAAGUGGAUGCAACUUCCCUUUACCUGCUUUUUUUGGCACAGAUGACUGCAUCAGGCUUACGUAUUAUCUUCACCCUUGAUGAAGUUACCUUUAUUCAGAAUCUUGUGUUUUACAUAGAAGCUGCCUACAAAGUUGCUGAUUAUGGGAUUUGGGAACGUGGUGAUAAGACAAACCAGGGCAUCCCUGAACUGAAUGCAAGCUCUGUAGGGAUGGCCAAAGCAGCUUUAGAAGCAAUCGAUGAACUAGAUCUUUUUGGAGCUCAUGGAGGACACAAAUCAGUGAUUCAUGUUCUCCCUGAUGAAGUGGAACAUUGUCAGUCUAUACUAUACUCCAUGUUGCCAAGGGCAUCCACAUCAAAGGAAAUAGACGCUGGCCUUCUCUCUAUUAUUUCUUAUCCGGCUUUUGCAGUGGAGGAUAUAAGCCUCGUUAAUGUAACCAAGAGUGAAAUCAUAUCCAAAUUGCAGGGUCGCUAUGGCUGCUGCCGCUUUCUCAGAGAUGGUUACAAGACACCCAGAGAGGAUCCAAGCAGGCUGCACUAUGAUCCUGCUGAGCUCAAGCUCUUUGAGAAUAUUGAAUGUGAGUGGCCUGUAUUCUGGACAUACUUCCUGAUUGAUGGAGUGUUUAAUGAGGACAAAAUCCAGGUACAGGAGUACAGAGAGGCUCUGGAAGGAAUACUUAUUCGGGAGAAGAACGGGAUAGUGCUAAUGCCAGAGCUGUAUGCAGUCCCUGUGGACAAGGUGGAUGAGGAGUAUGAAAAUCCUCACUCAGUGGAUCGUGUCCCAGUGGGAAAAUUGCCUCAUCUUUGGGGCCAGUCAUUGUAUGUCCUCAGCUGCCUAUUAGCAGAGGGAUUUCUUGCUGCAGGUGAAAUUGAUCCCUUAAACAGGCGAUUUUCCACUGGAUUUAAACCUGAUGUUGUGGUACAAGUAACUGUUUUGGCAGAAUCUAAUCAAAUUAAGAAUCUCUUGCAAGACCAUGGAAUCAAUGUUCAGAGCAUUGCUGAUAUCCAUCCACUCAGAGUGCAGCCAGCUCGCAUCCUGAGUAACCUCUACACCAUGCUAGGUAGGUAUUUGAACAUGGAAGUAUCUGUACAGCUGUGCAAAGUGCUUUUUAAGGAUGAUG